CCGCCGCCGUCGACGCUCUCCUCCUCCUCCUCCUCCAUCCUACGCCUGUGCUACCCACCUUUUGCCCCAGUCCAUUCCUUUUGCAGUUUGUAAUAUCACCAGCACACCAUGGGUUGCGUCCAGUCCGCCGGCGUCGACGAUGAGGCCAAAGCCCGCAACGACGAGAUUGAGAGCCAGCUCAAGCGGGACAGGAUGAUGGCCAAGAAUGAGAUCAAGAUGCUGUUACUCGGGGCCGGAGAGUCGGGCAAGUCGACAGUGCUCAAGCAGAUGAAGUUGAUCCACCAUGGCGGAUACAACGAUCAAGAGCGGGAUUCAUACAAGGAGAUCAUAUUUUCCAACACUAUCCAGUCUAUGCGUGCGAUACUUGAGGCCAUGCCUCAUCUCGACAUCCCCCUCCAGCCUCAAAAUGACGCUCGUCGCUCCGUCAUCCUCUCUCUCCCUCCGCAAAUUGAAGGCGACAUACUUCCGCGAGAUGUCAUAGAUGCUGUCCGCGGUCUCUGGCGCGACCCUGGCGUCAAGGAAGCCGUCCGUCGUUCGCGCGAGUUCCAGCUCAAUGACUCGGCCGUCUACUACUUCAACGCGAUCGACCGCAUGUCCCAGCCCAGCUACCUCCCCACGGACCAGGACAUCCUCCGAUCUCGUGUCAAGACGACCGGCAUCACCGAAACCACCUUCAAGGUCGGCGAGCUCACCUACCGGUUGUUCGACGUGGGCGGUCAGCGGUCGGAGCGGAAGAAGUGGAUACACUGCUUUGAGAACGUCACCGCGCUCGUGUUCUUGGUGUCUCUCAGCGAGUACGACCAGAUGCUGUACGAGGACGAGAGUGUGAACCGUAUGCAAGAAGCCCUCACGCUGUUCGACUCGAUAUGUAACUCGCGCUGGUUCGUCAAGACGUCAAUCAUUCUCUUCCUGAACAAAAUCGACCUGUUCGCGGAGAAACUUCCGCGCUCGCCUCUGGGCGAUUACUUCCCCGACUACACCGGUGGCGACAACUACGACGCGGCCUGCGACUACCUCCUCCACCGCUUUGUUUCGCUCAACCAGUCGGCCGCGACUAAGCAGAUCUACGCCCACUACACGUGCGCGACUGAUACGCAGCAGAUCAAGUUCGUCCUUAGCGCCAUCCAGGACAUCUUGCUUCAGCUCCACCUACGGGAAUGCGGUCUGUUGUAAAGGAUUUCGUACGGUGACCACCGCGGUCGUCGUACGCAUGCAUCAUCUUAUAUCUAUGUCGCCUCACAUAUUUUCUGUUCCGACCUUUCCUCAACACAUAGCUUGGUUCUUGGAGAUACUAUCUUCUCAUCGUAUACUUUACCCCUUUUCUCUUGCAUCGACCUUGUCGCCUUACUUUUACAGUAUCGCAUUCACGAAAGGUGCCGUCCGUCUGUGGACUUCUGGUCUGUUUACUUUCUGCGGCUUCAUGAGGAUGGACGGCGUGUGUUUCAAUAUAAUACCCAUGUUUCGUCGAGUGGAUAGCCAACUGAGCCCUGGGUCAGGACAGGUGUGCC